GGCAAGAAAAAAACAACGCGUUGACGUUGAGUCACCCCUGACCAGCGUAACCGUUAGAUAGCUGACAACAAAACUGAAAUAUGUCCGAAUGAUUACACGCGUUGUCCCUGUCACGAUAUCAGCUUAAACGUCGGAGAUCUAUAGCGUCAGAAGAGCGUGUUCGCCAAGAUGAUGGAAGAAAUCGACAGAUUUCAGGUCCCACCAGUGAACUCGGAGAUGCAGCCGCUGGAUCCAGCAGCGACGUCCACGUUAGAGGCUGACUCAGAAACGAGAGAGGCCGAAUCCGUCCCCAUCAACUACAAGCCUUCUCCACUUCAAGUGAAGAUCGAGAAACAGAGAGAGUUGGCAAGGAAAGGCUCGGCAAAGAACGGAACGGCGGGCAGCCCAGUCAAUCAGCAGCCUAAGAAAAACAACGUUAUGGCCAGAACACGGUUGGUUGUUCCCAAUAAAGGUUACUCAUCGUUAGACCAGAGUCCCGACGAGAAGCCCCUGGUAGCACUGGAUACAGACAGCGAUGACGAUUUCGACAUGUCCAGAUACUCGUCGUCAGGAUACUCCUCCGCCGAGCAAAUCAACCAAGACCUAAACAUCCAGCUCCUGAAAGACGGCUACCGCCUGGACGAAAUCCCGGAUGACGAAGAUCUCGACCUGAUUCCUCCUAAAUCAGUCAACCCUACGUGCAUGUGUUGCCAGGCUACUUCCUCUUCAGCCUGUCAGAUCCAGUAGCCCUGUAUUCAUUCGCCACCCCACCCCACCCCCUUUUCCCUGAUCCCCCCUCAUACUGUGAGUUUAACUCACCGCUCGACUUUAACCCUCGAGUAACUACUAAAAAAUAAAUAAAUAAAUAAGACAGUUAUCCUACAACUAAUAUAGGAAAGAAAUAUCAGAAGGAAAUGCAGAAAUAAUGAUAAGUCAUUGGUUCCUCCUAUGGUAGGAUAUGGUGUCGGUGUCACCACCUGAGGGAGUUAGAUAGAUUUAGUUAGGGAAGUUUAUUGUAUGUCAUGUAUAGGAUGCAGUGACAUGAAAAUAAUGCAUAUUUUCAAAAAAAAAAAAAAAAAAGGGAGAAAGAAUUAACACGUUUAUUUGUAGAAACAUUUCACACAGAGUUAUUCUGUAAAAAGUCUCUUAUUGUUUGUUUUUGGAUGUCUUGAUGCACAAUGCUGUUCAGAUAUUGGGAUGUGAGGAAGAAUCUUUAUUUAAUUUUUUUUUAAAAUUUGUUGUCCUUUGUUUUAGGUCAAUUUAUUGAAUUGUGAAUUAUGAAUUCAUAUCCCAAAUUGCACUCACUGCAUACUUUGAUAGGAAGACCUGCACCCCUAUUCAUUCCAGAAAUAGUCCAAUCAGCCAGUCAUGAAGCAGCAGGGUGAUGUGUUUUAGUUCAAGAGCUUUAGUUAAUGUUCACAUCAAACAUCAGAAGGAGUAACUGUGAUCUCAGUGAAAUUGACCAUGGCAUUGCUUUUGUUGGUGCCAGAUGGGCCGGUUUGAGUGUUUACGAAACUGCAGAUCUCUUGAGAGAGAUAGUUUUAACUCACUUUACAGUGUUUACACAGAAUGGCUUGAAACUAAAACUAAAACUAAAAGUCCAGCACUAUGGGUGGAAACACCAAGUCGACCAGAGAGGUCAGAGAAGAAUGGCCAGAACUGUUCGAACCGACAGGUGGUCUCAUCACUCUUUACAGCCAUGAUGAACAUCACAAUGAACGUCACCUGAUCUUUUUGUCCUGUUUUAUCUUCAAACUCUGAGACUAUCGUGUAUGAAAAUACCAGUCAAGGAAAGACUCAAACCAGACUAUCAGUCAGCACCAACUCAUCAAGACUUUUUUGUUCUAUUCUGAUGUAUGAAAAUGAACUGAAGCUCUUUGACCUACAUCUGCAUAACUUCCUGUAUUACACUGUUGCCACUUGACAGACAGAUUGAAAUAUUGCAGGAUUAAACAGGUGUACAGGUGUUCCUAUUAAAGUGGCAAUAGACGUCGUACAGUAAAACGAUAUCAAAAGCUUCAGCAAGGUCCAAAAUGAUCCACCCAAAAUAAUGACAACUGAGUCGUACAGCACACAAAUCUUGGAGGGAAACUGAAAUGUACUAAUUAAGUCAUUUCUUCAUUCGUUCACUGUUCAGACUUGGCUUCGGAUAGAAAUAAGUGUCAUUAUUUUGUAUUUUUUAUUAUUAUUAUUAUUUAGAUGCUGCUUACACAACUUACACAAAAAAAUCUGUUUACCGCUGCAUAACGGUGAUGAUGUGAAAUUAAUGGAAAUAAGAAAUAGGUUUUAAAGACUGACUUUUAUGUGCCGUACUACCAGAACUUCUUACUACAAAAAAACGUAACCACGUAGGACAAUACAAAUAGCACUGUGUCCGAGUGUAUUGCACAAAUACAUAUCAUGUUACUCUAAACAAAAGAUUUAUAUUUUUUUGUGUGCCAAAAGCACAUUAUCACAAAUUUAUGAUGAAAAGUGACACUUACAGGUAGAUGCAGUAUUCAGAGGUGCCAAUACUUACGGUUUAGCUAUAUUAUUUAUGAUUUCAGACUUCUUUCUACAGCAGUGCUGGUGAUAUUUGAAAACCUGAAGUCUACAUUUUUUUUUUUUUUUUGACUAAAGUAGCAAUCAGAUCGAACACUAAAAAAAAAGUCAAUUCACCGAAGGGGAAAGGACGUGGGCUUAAAAAUGAGCAUUUGCUUUUGUUUGUUUUGCUCAGAUUUCAUGUGAGCGACCUGUAAAUUCACAAGCCUCUAGUUUGUGAGUCAACAGAAAACAAAUGGACGGGGUUUUACCUUUUUUACUAGGAUGUUGUGUUAGAAAUAUUGGCACCUCUACAGUAAGAAUUUACGACUCCUUCCCUUCCGUUAUUUUUUCUCUGAAAUAUUUUCUCACAAGAGUGUAUUUCAUUUGCUUUUAGCCAAAGACUAGUGAAUUAUUUCUCGUUUGGACUGUGAUCUGGACCAUGACAGUGUGACCGGAAAGCACUUGCGACACGACAAGAAUUAGCGACUCUAUGUAACAAGUUAUAUAACACAAUAUCACCAGGAACUGAUGCUUCUUUACUACUUUAAAGGCAGUACUGUUGAUGUACACAGUAUUAUUAUUAUUAUUAUUAUUAUUAUUAUUAUUAUUAUUAUUA